AUGAGUGGAUAGAAGCGUUGUUGAGUUAGAAAGCAGUGAUGGCAGCUCUCUUGGAAGCCCUCCCCGCCGUUUCCAACCUCCGCCGCAGCGUCGAAAAGCAACGGCCAAGACCUCCUCGAAUCAUCAUCAAAUGCGGCAUGAACCACGACGAAGCUCAUGAUCACCAUCUCCGCCUAACAAGGAGGCUCGCCAUCGGGAUUACACUCCUAGCAAACGCAGGAGCCGCCUCCGCCCAAGACAACGGCCUCUGGAUCGACGGCCCCUUGCCCGUGCCGCACGCCACUAAUAAGAUCGACAACGAGGAGACGAAGACGCGUUCGUUCCUGAAGAAGGGGAUCUACAUUGCUCAGGUCGGGACCAAGAUGAGGAUGCAGAGGCUGAGGCGAUACGCCUUCGAUCUGCUGGCCAUGGCCGACUUGAUAGCCCAGGAGGAUGCGUGGAACUACGUCCGCCGCUAUCUCCGCCUCAAGUCCACCUUCAUGUACUUCGAUUUUGAUCAUGUCAUCACCGCUGCGCCCCUCGAUGACAAGCCUCCGCUCCUCGACCUUGCAAACCGCUUGUUUGACAGCUUUGAAAAGCUUCUAGAAGCAGUGAGAAAACAGGAUGUUCCUCAAAUAUACUCCUGCUACGAGUCAACCACACCAAUUCUUCAAGAGGUCAUGCUUCGAAUGGCUUAAAUCAACACAAAAAGGUUGUAAAAUCAUAAAUACUCAUCAUUCAUUCAGCUAUUCAUAGCCAUUACAGUCUUCAUCUUCA